CCAUCUAACUCAAAUACUCAUCAAUCCCGAACCCAACACACCAUCUUACCAUACCCUCAACCAACCCAACCCCCCAAAACCAUCACCAUGAAAUUCCUCUCCUCCAUCCUCCUCCUCAGCGGUCUCGCAGCAGCAACAGCAGCGACAGCAGCAACAGCACCAUCCAACGCCCACCCCACCACGCUCGUCCAGAAGCCCGCCACCGCGGCGGCCGGUGCUUCCGGCGCUGGCGGCGCUGCCGCCGGAGGGAGCACGUAUAACCACGUCGCGGACCCCAACGAGGGCCAGAAGCCCGCCACCGAUGGCGGGGAUCACGGUGCGACGGCGGUCGCGACCAGCGGCAAGGCUAAUGCCAAUGGCAAUGGUAAUGCCAGCGCCAAUGGCAAGGGCAGCAGCAACGCGGGCAGCAGCAGCAACGCGAGCAGCGCCAAGGGCAACGGCAACAGCAACAACAACAAGGGCAACGGAAACGCUAACAGCAACUCGGGCAGCAACGCCCACAACGCUGCCGCGCCCUCGCAUUAACAGAAGGAUCGCCGGGCAUUGGAUGAGGAUGUCCAGGAUCUCGUGAUGGGGCUGAUGGUGGAGGUGGUCGAUGAGGGGGUGACGGAGGUGAUGCAGGAGGGGCUGGAAUAGACCAGCAAGAUGAUGGAGGAUGGUGGUGGUUACGAGUCAUGGAUUGAUUGUUGUGUUGUUGA